UACCAGGGAGGCAGCGACUACGGCCGCGGGCGCGGGCACGGCGGCCCGCAAACGCCAGGACCUGAUGAUGUGCGCCAAGCAGAAGCAGGUCCGUCUCUCGCGGAGCGCAACGCGGCGGCCGCCGCAGCCGCGCUGAGGGAGAAGUUCAAGACGAUGGACAUUGUCCGCGACGAGCCCAUGUUUCCAGCGCGCCCGGGCUUGGGCGCCGUGGGGACGCCGUGCGGCGUUAGGGCCAACCACUUCUUCGUCGGCCUCGUCGACAAGGGCCUGCACCAAUACGACGUGACCAUCUCACCAGAUACAACGCCAAAGGGCAUGUACAGGGAAAUCAUGUCGAAGCUGGUUUCCGAGAACCGGCAGACCGAGCUUGGUGGCCGCCUCCCCGCAUACGACGGCCGGAAGCUACUGUUCUCCGCUGGCGAGCUGCCGUUCGAGACCAUGGAAUUCGUGGUCACCUUGUCUGGCAGGACGGAAAGGAUGUACAAGGUGGUGAUCAAGCAUACCACGGGGAUCAGCCUGCAGCAGCUGUUCAUGCUCCUGGCGGGCUACCCUUCGGACAUCCCGGCACAGGCGCUGCAGGUGCUUGACAUUGUGCUGCGUGACAUUAUCCUCAACGAACGCAACUCCAUGGAGUACGUUGCAGUUGGCCGGUCCUUCUUCUCACCCCGAGGACCCAGGGAUAUUGGCAUGGGUGUGGAGGGAUGGACGGGUUUCUAUCAGAGCAUCAGGCCGACACAAAAUGGCUUGUCUGUGAUCAUAGACAUUUCUUCAACAGCUUUCAUUCGACCCCUGCCACUGAUUGAUUAUGUGAUGUUGAUUCUGGGCAAAGAUCGCAGGACCUUUACAAGUAUUACUCCCAUGGAUCUUGUCCUGCUCAAUAAAGCCCUCAAGGGACUGAGGAUUGAAGUCACCCACCGAGGAGCCGCACGCCCGAAGUACCGGAUUGCCAGCCUGAAAAAUAGUCCUUCUUUACAGUUCUUUCAAUCGUCCGCUGGAGUUGAGAAGUCCGUAGCAGAUUACUUCAGAGAGACAUACCAGCUGGAAAUGGACUAUGAUUUUCUCCCAUGCCUCCAAGUUGGCAAUGAUCAGAGGCCAAACUACCUCCCUAUGGAGGUUUGCAGGAUAGUAGCUGGACAGAAAAACCGCAAGAAGUUGGAUGCCAAACAGGUCUCUAAUCUAGCGAACUUAACCUGCCAGAGCCCAGAUACACGUGAGAAGAAAAUUCGUCAGUUUGUUGAGCGUAAUGCCUACAGUAGAGCUGAGCGUGCCAUUGAAUUUGGCAUGGAGGUUGACUAUUGUCCUACUUCAGUUCAGGCUAGAGUUCUGCCGGCUCCCACUCUGAAGUACCGUGAAACUGAACGUGAAUGUUUGUGUUACCCAACGGAUGGGCUGUGGAACAUGAAGAACAAGCUAGUAGUAGAUGGUGCAAGGGUGGGCAACUGGGCCUGCGUUAACUUUUGUCGUGGUUUGAAUGAUAGUGUUGUUGAUAAAUUUUGCUCUGAUCUGGUUACAUGGUGUCGUACUAGUGGAGUGAGAAUGGAUGGCUUGACACUUCCAAUAUACCGUGCUCAACCUGAACAAGUUGAAGAUGAGCUUACUCGGUUCUAUCAGAACAUGCUAGUAAGAGGGCAAAAGAUUGAUCUUUUGCUUGCUAUACUCCCAGAGAAAAACGGCAGCUUAUAUGGUAAUUUCAAAAGGAUCUGUGACACACAGAUUGGUGUCAUGUCGCAGUGUUGCCUGGAUAAAAAUAUUAGGAAUGCAAAACUUCCGUACUUUGCUAAUGUUGCUAUUAAGAUCAAUGCCAAGUUUGGAGGAAGAAACUUAGAAUUUGCUAAUCCUGAAGAAAGCUUACCGUUUUUUUCUACUGAACCAACAAUUAUGUUUGGUGCUGAUGUCACUCACCCUGCUGCUCUAGAUGAUACUUCCCCGUCCAUUGCUUCUGUUGUUGCCUCCCAAGACUGGCCCAAGGUGGCUAACUAUAAUGGCAUUAUCCGUGCACAAGGUCACCGUCAAGAGCUCAUUGAUGGGCUGGAAAAUAUUGUCAAGGAACUCCUACUUGCAUUCGUGGAACGGUCUAAGCAGAGACCCAAGCAACUGAUCUUCUACAGGGAUGGCGUAAGUGAGAGCCAAUUCAAACAAGUGCUGGAGCAAGAAAUCCAUGAGAUAGAGAAGGCAUGGACAGCUCUUUACAAUGAGAAGCCAAAGAUCACCUUCGUAGUGGUGCAGAAGAGGCACCACACAAGGCUCUUCCCCAGCAAUAGCCAAUACGAGGACAAGAGUGGGAAUAUUCGAGCUGGCACCGUAGUUGAUAAUAAUAUCUGCCACCCAACAGAAUUUGAUUUCUUCCUGUGCAGCCAUGCUGGGGCCAAGGGAACAAGCCGUCCUGCGCAUUACCAUGUGCUACGAGAUGACAACAAGUUCACCGCAGAUGCUCUGCAGUCUCUAACAUAUAACUUGUGCUACAUGUAUUCAUGCUGCACUCGCUCUGUGUCAAUCGCUCCUCCUGCAUACUAUGCCCACAAGCUCGCGUCCCGUGCCCGCUUCUACGCCAACCAAGCCUCUAAUGCUGCUGCUGGUCCGCAGCCACUUCCGGAGGUCAAGGAUGAACUGAAAAGGCGCAUGUUCUACUGCUAGUCCUUGACCACUGAAAACCUCCUGAACAAGGCUUUGCUCUACUCAAGUCUCAAGUCCCUUGAAUGAUACCGUCUGCUGUUCUUUAAAGUACUGAUAAAAUUCCAGUUUUGUUAA